AUGUGUCUUAGACCGAAGGGGAAACACUCUUCCUCCUCAUGUGAGGACUCGUCCCUGUCAUCCUCCCUGGAGCUCAGCAUGGCGCAGGAGGACACACGCAGCCUGGAGGCGAAAUUUGCUGCUGCGGUUAAAGUGAUGCGGAGUUUACCCGGAGAAGGUCCUUUCCAGCCAUCUGACGACAUGAUGCUGAUGUUCUAUGGUUACUACAAGCAGGCAACCUCGGGGCCCUGCAACAUCCCCAGACCCAGCGGCUUCUGGGACAGCGGGGGAAAAGAUGAAUGGGAUGCAUGGAGCUCUUUAGGAAACAUGACACAGGAGGAAGCCAUGAAGAAUUAUGUGGAGGACAUCCAGCUGAUUCUGGAGACAAUCCCCAUCUCAGACGAAGUGUCCGACCUGGUUCAGAAGCUUGGCAACUUCUACAUUGAGAUAGAUGGAGAAGGGGAAGAAGCUGAGGAAAACGAAGUGGACAGGAGAGACUUCACCAGGCCUUUUGCAAAUCACGCAGAUGAGCUGAUCAAACCCUUUAAGAAACCAACAAUGGAAGGCUAUGGGGAUCUGUGGGAUGAUAUACAAAACCUCCAGAAUACAGACAGUUAUUAUGGUGUAAGUGUCAGUAGCACAGAGGAGCAGGGAAGUAGAGAAAACAGUGAAAUGGAGAGAAAAGAGGAAAGUAGUGAUGGAAAAAGGAUCUGGACUCCUAAUCCACGGCUGCUGAUGGUGGACGCCAGAGGCUCCAGCAGCAGCAUGGAACCCAGCAUGUCCCCCUUCACCAACGGGACACACAGCUCGCUCAACAGCGAGGUGGAGGAGGAGGAACUGGCCUGUUCCAUCGAGCCCAGUUUGCAAUAUAACCCUUAUGUGCACUUUAAUGGGCAUCUGAGUGAUCAUAGUGAUGCUGCUUCUGAGAAGAACCACCGAUCCACAGAUUCUGAUAAUGACGAGUUCUGUGACUCCAUGGAGCAUUUAGCCAUGGAAGAGCGGGUGUUGACAUCAAAAGUUCCGACACCUAGAUCAAGAGCUGCCUCCGUGAAACAAAACGAGCUCUGGUUUGAGAGCAACACUACGCUGAAUGGAGGAGAAGAUAAAGCAGUAACAAGACAUUCCUACUAUAAAGAUGGGAUUAGUACCAAGAGUCAAAACAGCAGCUCCUUAUCAAGAAGAGGGAGAGGUUCUCAUUCAUUGAGGGCGACCUGCAGCUGUGUGCGGUGUGUCGGUGCAGAUGCUGCCAGUUGUGUGUCACAAAGCAGAUUUCCUGUCGGUGCUUUAAGAGGAAACGUCAACGAGCAAAUAGCUACAGCUCUUCUGAGGCUGCAGCGCGACAUGGCCAAUGUGUUGCACAGGCUGCAGGCUCUGGAGAUGAUCGCUGUGUCACAGUCAAGAUCAUCGUCACCGAGGCAGGCGGACUCCCUGACAGUGGCACGAAAGCUCCUGAGACCAUCCUGGUGGCCUUUUGACCUCUCUCCACUCACAGUGGUGUUGACUGCUAUCUGGCCUCUGAUUGCCCACUGGCUUUUCCAGCUUUACUUGAUGCGGAAGAGGAGGUGA